GAAAAAUAACACCAAAGUUAAAGUGGUCCUUUCAAAAAAAAAAAAAAACAUAAGUGGCAAAAAUUUGAGUUUGAAUUUCGUAAUAAAUAAUAUAUAUAGUUUAGUAUCUGUGUCUGCAUUUAAUUAUUUUAGCAAUAAAUAAUUAAAUAUAUUCCAACUCUCUCUCUCUCUCUUAUUCAUAUAUAUAUUUAUACAUAUAGUGCAUGGAAAUUCGUGUUAAAAUUUCAUAAUUUUGUAGUAAUUAAGUAGAAGAACUACUACUAUAAAUACAUACAAUAAAUUAAAAAAUUAUCACUUGGAAAACUUCACAGAGAUCAGAUCUCAUCACUCACUCUCAUUUCAUCAUCUGAAAUCAUCUUCACCCCCGAGCAAGCAAUAUGAUCAGAUCACUACUAACCAGAGAGUUGAAGUUAGUUUCCAAGGGUUUGCUUUAUAAGGACACAAGAUUAAUUUCAACGACAACCUCGCCCGGAAGGCUAGAAGGUAAGGUAGCCCUGAUAACAGGGGGUGCAAGUGGGCUUGGAAAGGCAACGGCCCAUGAAUACAUCCGAAACGGGGCCCGCGUUAUAUUAGCAGAUAUCAAUACCGAAGUCGGCCCAAAAGUGGCCGAGGAGCUCGGCCCAUCAGCCCAUUUUGUUCCGUGCGAUGUAGCCGACGAGGCCCAAAUCGUGAAAGCCGUAGAGGCAGCCAUGGGCCUUCAUGGAAAGCUAGACAUAAUGUACAACAACGCUGGAAUAACAGGCCCAGCAUUCCCACCAAGCAUAACAGAGCUUGAUCUCAACACAUUUGACCAAGUCAUGAAUAUCAACGUACGAGGCACUCUUGCAGGAAUAAAGCAUGCAGCACGUGUCAUGAUCCCAUUGGGCUCAGGCUCCAUCCUAUGCACAGCAAGCAUGAGUGGGCUUAUGGGUGGUAUUGGGCCUCAUUCUUACACAAUUUCCAAAUUCACUAUUCCUGGGAUAGUUAAGUCUGCAGCCUCUGAGCUUUGCAAAAGUGGGGUCAGAAUCAAUUGCAUCUCACCAGGCCCAGUGGUCACACCACUAUCUGUAGCCCAAUUAGCCUUGUAUUAUAAAGGUGCUACCAUGGAGCAAUUGGGUGAGAUUGUUAAUGGGCUUGGUGAGCUCAAGGGUGCCAAGUGUGAGGAAAUUGAUGUGGCCCACGCAGCUGUUUAUUUGGGCUCAGAUGAGUCUAAGUAUAUAACUGGUCACAACUUGGUUGUGGAUGGUGGGUUUACUAGCUUCAAGGAUGUUAAAUUACCUUCCCCUGAUCAGUUCUUAUUGUAAGAAUUAUAAUUAGAAAUUUGGUUUUUUGAAUUAUGAGCAUUUUGGGGAGACCCUGCCAUGGCUAUGGCUAUGGCUAUGGCUAUGACUAUGUAUUUGAUGUAUGUUUGCAUUUGAUACUUCUGGCUAGUGAAAGAAGUUUACUAACAAA